UUUAUAGUUCAAUGAGUAGAGCUCAGUGUCACGAAUUGCGCGGUUAGCGAUUAUAGAAACUGGGGCGAAGUGCAAUUCCAAUAUGGCGGCAGCCAUAGGACGAUUUUCACGUUGUUUCAGUCGUUUUGCGAGACCAAAUCGUCUCUUAAGACGAACUCCAGCAGUGACAUGUGUUAGGUUAGUAACUUGAAAACGUUUUGCACAUGUAUGGUCAGGAAUUAGUCAACAACACGUGGCAGUACUCUAUGCAUACUUGCAGUGAUGGAGUAUCAAGUAUGGAACCUACAUGUUUACUUUCUUGUUUAAUUAAUUCUAGAACACUGAAACGUGUAGUCAGUGAAGAAGCUGAAGAAGAACUUCGACCUCAGUAUAAAUUACCUGGGGAAUUAAAUGACUGGACAGGAAAUGUUCUUUAUCCUGACGAGGAAUCGAAAAAGUGGGAUGUUAAUGGUACGAUUGCUACGAUAUUAUGCACCUAUCAAUAUAAAUCCCCUGUGGGGAAGGGGGGGGGGGGGGAGGGAAAAGGGUGGGGAUUUGACAAACAGUUGAGAUUUUGGGUAAAUUCUUCUGGUGGGAAGACCAAUAUUGAUCAAAUGUGUCAAAAAGUCUCACCUGGGGAAAGCAUAAGCCAGUGUGGAAAGUUUGUAUCGCGCGGCGGAUAUCUCCGGCGCGCAAUUUUGAUGCUUUCUAUAUAUUUACUAUUAAAUUUUUGAAAUCUCCGGCGUGCAAUUUCCAAACUUUCCAGUCUGGAGCAUAAGGCCAUAGGAAUGAAAGUAUUAGAUUACUGUCCACCACCUGUGUUGGUUCCAAGCCCUGCACACAAAUUUUUAUUAUUUAUAAAAUUUUAUUAUUUGCUGAAAGAUUCAGGUAUUUUAACAUUGUUUGGUAAGAGGCGGUUUUCAUAUUACCCUGGAUUCCAGAGCCUUCGACAGUAAAUAAUAAAUUGAAAUGUUGCGAAGGCUCUGGUUCAACGGGGCGAUUCUUAUUUACUGUCGAAGGCUCUGGAAUCCAGGGUAUUUUCAUAUCUGUCUGAAUAUAAACACACACAUCUAAAGAUGCACAGGCAAGUAUAUAAAACGUUGGGAAAAUCAUUGACCAGGGCUCCAAAAAACAUUUCCAACAUUCCCGAUCAUGGUGAUCAGCAGUCAUGAUUUUCUGCUGAUCAAGUGAAAAUCUGGCUGAUCAGUAUAGGAUACGUUCUGUUUAUAUGUUCUGUGAUAAUGCCAUAGUAUUGCAUGGUGUUCGUUAAUGAUAUUAACCAUGUUUUUGAGACAAUGGUUCUUGCCGAUCAAGAUGAUUGGCAACCUUAUUUCUCUGACGAUCAAAAGCAAUUUCCUGCCGAUCAUUGAUCGGCCAUUAUUUCAUGCCCUGUUGACUUACAUGCACAUUGAAAGGGAGUCUGUAGUCUGUAUUUUCUGCAACUUCCUAUAAAAUGUCAUGCAUAAUCCGCCAAGAUGAACUAUGCAUGAUUUUAUUGCGGGAGGUACUUCUAAAAUCGCACUUUUAUACACCAAAAAAGGUGUUCUAAUCAAAAUUGCUAAAUAAAGAAUAAUGAAUAAUGAAAAAAAAAGCAUUACUUUUCAAAUACUUUCACUCCUAUGGCCUAAACCUUCUCCAUACUAAAAACAAUUGAUACAUACAGUGCCGUUCACGGGAAAAAUAACAUGCCUUUGCGGGAUGGGAUUCACGUCCCUUGGGAUGGGAUUCCUGUCCUGCAGGGACGGAAACCCUUUCCCACGGGACAGGAUUUUAUUGUGCGGGACAGGAAAGCCUUUGCUUUAAGGAGAAAAUAAUGUAUGUAGAAAUUUGGGAUAGAUCAAAAUAUGCUAUUUUGAUUCAGUUUGUUGUGUGUAUCAAAAUGGGAAGGUUAAACCACAACAGCAAGGAAUGAAUAGUAAAAUUAAAGGAAGAAGGCUAUAAGCCAUUGGAAGUAUUACAAAUUUUAGAAAGCGAAGAUGUUGAGCUUUCAAGAGUAGGAUUGUGGAAGUUUCUACAACGCUUUAAGCAAAACCAGACAUUGUCCACAAUACCACUGCAAAGAAAAGAAAGCAUUCCUAUGGCUGUUUUGGAUUUUAUCGAUGUGGAAUAAAAGCCGAUACAAGGUCGCAAGCUUUUCGUUCAGUUCAUUCUGUCCAAAUGCUUCACUGCUCUGUCUUAGUGUGUGCACAUUGAAAGAAAAAACUCUCAAAAUGUUUUGUAAACUGACUAAAGAGUCUAAAGUGUCAAAGUAUGCAGUUGCAUACUUUCCGGUGGACGAUAUAGCGUGUCACAAAUAGCAGGACAAAUGAUAUUGUUAUGGUUGAAGAUGGCAGAGAAAUUAAACGAAAAUCUAAAGUUUUUGUUCUAUUGAAGCAUGAAAGAUUUCUAGCCUACAUUUUAUUAGCCUGCGAACUGGCUCUUUGAAUUGAAUUAGAGCCUGCCAGUUUAGUCAAUAAAAAUACGUCUGUGCCCAUCACUAUUUAUAGUGUUGUCAAUCAAUUGUAAAAUACAAUGCAACAAAUUAAUACAGACACGCCUUAUGUAAUAGCCUGCGAAUAUAUGUAAACAAAACGCAAAUCUCUAUUUCAACGCAUGAUUGUUUACAACAAGUCUGUAAUGUCAAGUUGGAAAGAAACUCCAAAAACAUUUGCACGCAAAAAAAACGCUGAACAUGUGAACGAAUUUUGCCGUUGUUGCAAUGCUUCUUUAAAAGUAACAUACAGAGAUACACAGAAGUCCGUUUCAAUAGUGAACUUGCUCAAGCCAACAGUAGGGCAAGAUAGUUUUGAAGUUCUUUUGCAAAAUAUCGGGAUUGUUUGUGAGAGAGGUCCAGAAUGGUCUGAAAGAUUAUAUGGGACAUGCAUGCAUAAAAAUAAAAUGUGCAUUUUGAAUUUGUAUUUUCCUUUCUCCAGUCCACAUCUCAGUGACGUGAGACUCGUCUAUAACAAAAGCAACCAAACAAUUAUGCAAAUGACAAGUAACUUGAAUAUUUUAAAGCGUCAAGAAAACACUUGUCAAAUGAAAUUUCCCCGAUUUUAUGUCCUCUAUGUUCGGUUCGUCACUAAGUGAUUAAACGCAAACCGAGCUCAUACCAAGGUUCUUAGCUUCUUCCAUUUGGUCCUCUGCACUACUAAUUAGAGGACAAACGAAUAAAUGAUGAUGGCUAUAGCGGGUUCUUUUCUUUUUCUCUCCUCGACAAGGACAGAAAGUUGGAAUAGUAAGUUUUUGCCGUAUAUAUACAGUAUAGCCUGUCGGUAAUACUGGUGUCAUUAUUCGUGAGUUCGGCAAACAACAAAGGCGACGGCAGAAAACAAAAUUUCUUAUACUUUUGUAUUUGAGCGAAAACAUACAUUACUAAACUUUUAAAAGCACUUGCCUUUCUUUCAAACAACCCUGAAAUUCCCUGAAGUAGCAAUAGUAAGUGAAUUCACAUAAACACCGCAACGACUUGAGUUUGAACAACUACGACGACUAGAAUGCUCAAGAAUGCAAAUUAUAGUCGCCUUUGUCUUAGAGUAAAGAUGCUAUUGUUGAUAUAAGAACGUUGCCGUUGUAUUUGCCAAACUCUCUUUUCUAUUAUUUAGUUUUCUAUACAACUCGUCUAAUACAUUUUUAUCGCUAUAGAACGAUAUUUUUCGAUUUCCGCACUUUGUGUUGACACCUUGAAUUUAUUGUUGUGUAAAUUUCAUUACCUUUUAUGGCAGUAUAAUGUAGUUAAUAACCAACUACUCAUUUUCAACCAAUGGGAACCCUGCGUCGUUCUAUAAGCAACGCACAGACGCGUUUUUAUUAGCUAGGCCUGCAGGCUCUCUCAAAUUUCAAAGAGAGUUCAAAGAGAGCCUGUUCGCAGGCUAACAUUUUAUAGUCUUUCUGGUAAGUACGUACGGUAUAUUCAGAAAUAUAGUAUAUUACAGUAACAAAUACUAGCAGCCUCUAAUUAUACUCUGUAUACGAGAUUCACAUUUUCUAAAGCUUCACUUAUAUUUUUCAAUUGUGAUAUUUACUGCUAUUUAUAUUUGUUUUUAUAUAUCGUUUUAUGGCUUUGGCUAAAUCACAAAACAUCUCCUAACAUUUGUCGAUUUUAUUGUUGCAGUUAACGUUUUAUUUUAAAUCCGGAUUUUAAAAUUCGAGGGACGAGAUUCCCGUCCUACAGGGCGGAUUCCCGUUCCACGGGAAAGAUUCUCGUCUCGUGGGAUGGGAAUCCCGUCACUGAUACAGGACACUGAUACAGGAUUGUUAACUUCCCAUGAUCGGUACUGUAUAUUAUAGCACAGACAACUACUUAUUGAGUUCAAUGCUUCACUGCUUCCUGUAGGACCUUCAGAAAUGUCAGUCAAAUGUCCCACCCCCUGGAUAACGUUGAUGUUCAAAUUCCCGACGAAGGGAAUAAACGCUUGAAUCAAGUCCCCAGCCUUUGCCUGCACUCACCCCCCAUAGGAUUUACAUUGAUGGGUGCAUUAACAUAAAGGGAUGGUCGACAUGCAUAUAGAUUUAAUCCGGUGAUUGUAGACUUUGCGAAAGUAGUUGAGUUGUAAAACAAUUUAUACAUUUAUUAUAGACCUAACCGGGAGCAGUAUUUUGCAACUGCUCCUGGUUACGUGUCUUACGUCUAAUAAAUCUAUAGAAAUUCUUCUUGAAAUUUCCUACAAAUCCCUUUUUGUUGUUGGUUUGCAGUUGGUCCCUUAAGAUUUGUAAGAUAUGGUGGCCAUGUUGGAGGAAAACAUGCUCCAAAUACAUUAGCUGCUAAAUAAAUGCAUUAUUUUGUUAACAAUACUCUAACAUGGCCGUCAUGACAUCAAAUGCAAGACCAUGCAAACCAAGAAUUAUAAACUGCCUUUGUGGUGUAGACUACUAGACUGAAGUUUUCUUGGUUUGAAAACGUGUUCUGGGAGAUUCCAGUUCAACAAGAUUUAUAAUACUGCCACUUUAAUAUUUACAGGAUUAGGCUGAUGCAAUAUUGAAACAAAUCGAUAUAUUGUCAAACAUUAAAAGAUUGAUUUACAACAGUUAAUGAAUGUUUAAAGAUUUAUUUAUUAUAUACUGCCGCUUGGGUGGGUGGUGGUCUCCUAUGAUCUCACUUACUCUGUUUACGCUUUUAAAUUGCCCACACACUUGCUACUUGAAUUCACAAUUGCCGUCAUACACAGGUGUUCUAAACUUUACAGGGACAAUAAUUGUCGAAAAACUAAGAUUAAGUUGUCUUGUUAAAACUUUUGAUAUUUUUGAUAUGCAAAUUGAAUAUUGAAUAUCGUUGUUUUUGAAAUAUCGAUAUUUAUUUGUGCAAAUUCCUCAAUUUGUAAACAAAACUGGUGUUAGAUAGCCCAAACAAGUUGGGAGUCUCAUUGAAUUGAAUUGAAUACACAGAACAACCAGGGUUACACAGAACCCUGCGGUCUAUUUUUAGGGUGUGCAAAGCACUUUUUCAUGCAUAUUAAACAUGUAUUAUCAUGUCAAAAUGAAAGCCACAGAUUUGGUAUAAUUUGUGUCUUAGAUGAAAGCAUUAGGAGAUUACGCCCUCCCCCAGUUUCUUGUCAGUUUUGGAAAAUUGGUCCUGAAGAAAAGUAUGGAGGGGUCCAUACCCCACAUUCCCUCUCUCCUUAUUUUGUGACAUUGCUGCAUGAUGGACAUCUUUGGCAGAUGUGGCUGAAAAUACAUGUGAUACAUUACCGCCAAUUCAUUAAAAAAGUAAAUGUAAUUAUAUGAAACACAUUGUUCUUUGGUUAGAGGAAUAGUUUCCAUUUAUCAAAACCCUAUGCACAGCAUAUAUAAUACACAUACAGCAGUAGCACACAUACUGAAACCAUAUUGAUUAUGCAAUUUCUUUAUGGCUCAAAUGUUGUGCAAAAGCAUUUAAUACUCAAUGCUGGUUAUACUUCUUUUACUUUGCCACUUGGUAUUUUCAAUGUGCCUUGUGCUGUAACAGCAUUGGACAUUCAUAUACCGGGUGUCCCAAAAAAAAGUACUCCGGUUUGAUUCGUAAUAACUUCCAAACAAGUAAAGCUUUUAAAGAGAAAUAACUUGCAUCAAAUAGAGAAAGCCCUAACUUAGAUUUUGAUAUAUUACACUUGUAUUUCACUUAAAAAUUCGCGGAGAUAUUAAUGUUUAAAAUUGGGAGCAUAUUUCUGGAUGUGUCUGAAAUAUACAAAAAACGGGGUAUCAAAUAUUAAUCAAGAUUUGCUCGACUGAAACAUGCACUAUUACCAGUGAAUAAAUGACACUUGACAAAUUGUUUAUUAUGAAACAAAGUAUUGUUAUCUACAAAAUACAAGGAAGAUUUAUUCGUCCGAAAUCCGCGUGUGUUCCUAUAGCACGAGUACGUUUCCUUAUUUCAUAAGACCACUGACUGCAUCGCGAAGGAUCGUCAUGGAUCGUCCGUGUUCUGAAUUAGGGGAUGCUGUCACAAUGGAAUUGUGAAGCUCUUCUAACUUUUGCAACGUUCUGAAAUCUUGUUAAGAACACUCAAUGUUUUUUGCUUUUUCUUAAUCUUGGCAAGUUCAGAAUAAACUAAGAAUGAAACACAAUCAAACCAUACAACUCCAUAAGACAUAACAAGCAACUCCCCAGAGACAUCCAACAUUUUUGGAACAAAACGUAACAAAUAGUAGCGUUGAUACUGUGAUGUGUAUUUGCAAAAUGCAGUAUUAUUUCCUUCAUUAAAAAAUAAUAUUCAUCCUGCUCUAAUCGAGAAAUAUUCAACUCUGUUUUCAACCCAUGAAAAGCAUAAAAAAUAUAGGCUAUUUAAGAAAAAUUUAAGCGCCUGCCCUGAAUGGUCUUUCAUCUACCUUUAAGUUUGUAUUAAAGACCUAUUAAAUACAUUACGUUUAUAUUUCGUAAUAUAAUACGAACGUUUAUAUUUCAGGAAACAAUGAGCUUAGAUGUAAGAUGUCUAAAUCUACGCCAUAUCCUUAUACAAUCCCUGACGACAAUUCGCUGAAAUACAAGUUAGCCUGAUAUGUCAUUAAACAAACAAACGCUGGAGUUAAUAUUUGAUAUGCCGGUUUUCGCUAAUUUUAGACACAUCCCAAAAUAUGCUCCCGAUUUUGAACAUUAAUAUCUCCGUAAAUUUUUAAGUAAAAUACAACUGUAAUAUAUCAAAAUCUAAGUUAGUCCUUCCUCUAUUUAAUGCAAGUUAUUUCUGUUUGAUAGCUUUACUUGUUUAGAAGUUAUUAUAAAUCACACCGGAGUACUUUUUUUUGGGACACCCGGUACAGUACUAAAGUGCCUUGCAAUAAUGGAGAUGCAUGGCUAAAGUCUCUUGCCUAUGUGAAUUUUCAAACAUUUUAACCCCGCAAAUUGGAAGGGGCACCUCUCUAAUGGGACACCUCUCUUUGGUGGAAAGGUUUUUGUAGAGAUGGAAAUUCUGAGUGAAAACUAUAAUACUGUACAUAUUAUAGAAUUAAUAGUGUUUAUUUGCGGGCGGCGGUUGCCAAAACUAUGGAAAAACAGCGAUUCAUAUGAGAUGUACAAUAUAGUACAUGUAAUACAUGCUAAAAAAAGAUACUGACGUACAGGUAUGAACAUUUUGUGCCCUAGCUUUCUUUAUUGUUAUUAAGAUUGUGUUUUCUUUACAAUUUUCUUGUUUAGAACCUGUUGAAGAAGCUGCUGUUACCAAUCUCACUGUGAACUUUGGUCCACAACAUCCUGCAGCUCAUGGUGUCUUACGACUUGUUCUUGAACUUGAUGGAGAGGUGAAUAUGAUUUUAUAUUUUAUCUUUCUUGUGCAUGUAUCCUUGGGAAAUUAGCAUGAAUGUAAUUAAUUGACUGUUCAUGAGCAGUCUGGUGUUUCCAUAUAUGGACACCCAUCUUGAUCAAGCUGUGGAAAUUUUUUAAGAAAUCAGUUUUUUUAAAACAAAGAGUUAAAUAUUGAGAAUUAAUGAAUUAUUGAAUAAAAAGUGAGUUUUAUUAUGAUCUUGAAGACCUUUCAAUAGUUAUCCCAAAAAAACAACAAUUUGCCAAGCAGGUUUACCUGUACGGUGAAAAAUUACAGGCUAAAAAAAAAGUAAAAAUAUUUAGACAUGGCUUUAUAAGUUACAGUACUUGAUGUUUUUUGCGAAACAAAACUAUAAAUAUUGACAUGAAAACAGAGAAUGAGAAGGUAAAUUCUAUUCAGUAAUUUUUGCUCCGUGGUAACAAAUAAUUUACCUUUGGGGACUCAGCUGUUCAGGAUUGAUUGUAAACACAGAUAAUUAUUACAAAAUUGAGAAAAAAUUUAUACUGUACUGUAUUCCUGCAAAAGCAAUUGCCCUAUCCUAAGCCAAUUAGAAUUGAGGAUCUUUUUCAUAAAAAGUAUAUUUACUAGGCUUGUACAUAUCAAACAUGUAAUGACUAAUUAGUAAAUGUAUUUUUCUGACUACUGUAGACUGUAGAGAGGGCUGAUCCACACAUUGGACUACUUCAUCGAGGAACGGAAAAGCUGAUAGAGUAUAAGACCUACUUACAGG